AUGGUAAGUUUGUAAAUAGUUAGUUCACAGGUCUGUAAAUAAUAAAGAACGUUUGAGCAAUCCGGUGUUAUAGACGAAAUUUACCCCAUCGUAAUUUUUAUUUCAGGUGUACAAUUUUUCGAGGUAAAAUUUUUCGACGGUCACAGGCUAAUUUUACCCCAGUUAUAUAAAAUUAUAAUUAACAUUUUAUAACAUGUCAUUUGUCAUAACGAAUAACAAUUUUCCGACUAUUUUAGUCGUUAAAUAAAUUCAAACGAUACUUCAAUGAAAAAAAGUCACAAUGCACACAUGUAAAAGAUAAAGAGGCGAAUUUACUUAUAGACGAGAUAACGAUAGCAAAUAGAUGGAAAGAAUACGUAGAAGAACCAUAUGGAGAAGAAGAAAACAUCGACUUACUCGUUGAAAACUCAACCGACGGUGACUUUGAUUCAAAUGUAGACACAAUAAUUCUAAAAUCAGAAUUUGAAGACGAACUCAAACAAUGAAGAAAAACAAAGUUCCAGGCCCAGACGAAUUAAACACAGAACUUCUACAAAAGACAGGAGAUAAAAUAAAGAAUGCUCUGUAUGAAUUGUUAUGUCAAAUAUAUGAGACUGGGAAAAUUCCGAGAGAUUUUGGAUGUAGUAGAUUAGUUAUCAUUCCAAAAAUACCUAGAGCCAACCAGUGCGAACAUUUUAGGACCUUAAGCUUAAUAUCGCAUACAGCUAAAUUACUAACAAUAAUUAUAAGCAAAAGGAUAAGCAAGAGGAUAGAAGCUAGGAUAGCGAACGAUCAAUAUGGUUUCCAGAAGAACAAAGGAACCAGAGAGGCUAUUUUAGACCUGAGAGUAAUACUUGAAAAGCAAAUUAAGAGACAAAAAAUCCUACUUAUGUGGCUUUUGUAGAUCUAGAAAAAACUUUCGAUAGCAUAAAUUUGACAAGUAUCUUUAAAAUUUUAGAAGAAACAGAGAUAAAUUAUAAAGACAGACGUAUUCUCUAUAAAAUUGAUGAAGAACAAAAAACCAUUACUAAUAUUAAUGCAACAGCAGUGGCCGCCAGAAUCCAAAAAGGUGUGAGACAAGGGUGUCCACUUUCACCUACAUUGUUCAAUAUAUUUAUUGAAAAAGCAAUAAAUGUCAUAAACCUUUGGUUAAAAUAAAAAGAAAUUGGAGUGAAAAUAGGAGGGGUACUAAUAACAACUAAUAACGCUUUGCUGAUGAUAUAGUCGUUCUUGCAACAUCUGAGGAAGACUUACAAGCAGCAUUAAAUGUAAUGACUAUUACGUCCAAAGAAUAUAGUCUGAAAAUAAACGCAGCCAAGACCAAAGCCCUAGUAUGCUUCAAGAAAAACAUACCAUCUAUAAAUACUCGUAUAACGUUAGAAAACAAAGAAAUUAUCCAAGUAAACUAUUUCAAAUACUUAGGCAGCAUUAUAACAGACGAUGAAAUCAACCAAGGAAAUCAAAAGCAGGAUAAGUGAAGCAAAGAAUACAUUUCUUAAAAAGAGAAAAAUAUUAACAUCAAAAAAUAUGAACAUAGUAACGAAGAAACGGCUCAUAAAAACAUACGUCUGGAGUGUGGCAUUAUACGGAAGCGAGACCUGGACAAUUAAUAAGAAAAAGAAAGAUAUGUUAGAAGCUAUGGAGAUGUGGUGUUGGAGAAAGAUGCAGUGAAUAAGCUGAACUGAUAGAAGAUCAAAUGAAGACAUCUUGAGGACAAUAGAUGAAAAACGAACAUUGAUAGACAGUAUAAAGAAAAGGAGAUGGCAAAUGAUAAGACACACGUUGAGGCAUGGAGUUGAAUUGCAUAAUUUAAUAAUUGAAGGAAUGAUAGAAGGAACAAGAUCAAGAGGAAGACCCAGGACGAAAUACAUUAGCCAAAUAAUGCAGGAUACAGGAUUCACUUCCUAUAGGGAGUUCAAGAAUAUGGUGAAUGAUAGAGAAAAACGGAAAGGCGUUUAUUGUGAAAAUGUGUUAAAAAUCAAUCUUCGGGUUGAUAAACCAAAAAAAAGUCAUUAA